AUGGAGCUUUCGGUCAAGACCACUAAUCCCCUUGAAACAUACAAGAGACGGUCGGCAACGAGAAAGGGCUCGACUUCCUCCAGCGGGUCUGUAAAUCCCAGGCCAAUAGUCACGAACUCGAGGGUCAAGCAAGAUGAUCAGUAUCGCAAAGAUAUGUACCUUGCCUUUAUCAAUAAUGCGCUGCAACAGAAGGCGAAGGGCAUCAGCGAAGCCUUCGACGAACUUGUCGAUCAGUUCAAUCCCAAGCAGGCGAACACUGAUACUGUAACAGCAUCCUCGCAAUUAAGGCUGUGGAUAAUUGCCCUUUCCCACGUCGUCUCUCGGCUAGAACGUGUCCACUCCGCUCUCGUGGGUGCCGUAAUCAGCAUGCCGUGGACGACUAUGGACAGCAACUUUGUCAGGUCGUACACCUCCUUUGUGGGCGUGCUCGUCAGUGCGAAACCAGAAUACCUAACGCUAGUGCUGGGGAAGAUUGCAGUUGGCUUUACCUACCAAUCGGGCCUACAGGCUCUGGAUGUGUCCAUGCCGGAGACAUCCUCACGACCACUCACACGUCGGACAGUCUAUGAACGUCUGCACUACCUCCUUGAACACUUGCUCUCGCUAGUACCGACUCUUCCCUCGACUCUGCAGCCACUGCUAGUCCAAAAUUUCCCGCACAAGAGGCUAAGCCAGGCGGCGCAGGUGACUUAUAUUCGCAAUCUCCUCCGAAUAACGGAGUACUGUCCCGAGCUGUCCGACCGGAUAUUGGCGACGAUUAUAGACCGUGCCAUCCAAAUUGAUGUCGAGAUCCAAGUUGAGCUGGAGGAGCUGGAGGAGCUGGCUACCGAAGAGCAGUCGCAGCUGUUCGACUUCGACCCCUUUGACACGGCCGUUGGCCAAGAAGGGGAGUCUGACUCUGAGGACGAUAGCGACGAAGGAGAUGGCGACAACCUCAGCGAUCUCUCCUCAGAGGCUGAUGGUGAAGCAGAUGAUGAUGAGGCGCCGGAGGAAGAAUCGACCAACUUCCAACAUGUGCAAGACAUGGUCAACAAACUUGACGCAAUUCUCAAGAACGUCUUCGACCACUUCACGCAACCGCCUCCAGUGUCAGAUGUGCUCGCUUCUAGUUUACCGACACCCAUUUCAGUGUCAGGCACCGCAUCUCCUUCGUCACCUCCAUUAACGCCUCGCCCGAUGCAAAGGUUCGAGAACGCCGAAGACGUGAAGGCCCUCCGGCGCGCCCAGUUCUUUUCCCUCCUUUCCAUCUUCGAGCGCACGAUCCUCCGUACCUUCAAAUCCCGAUAUACUCAGUUCCUGGUCUUCUGGUUCUCCUCGCUUGACCCCGAGUUCAGCGACCUGUUCCAAGGCAUGCUGGUCUCCAAAGCGCUACUGGAAGAAGACCAGCCCACCGUGACGCGCGCUGCAGCGGCGAGCUACAUUGCGAGCUUCGUCAGCCGCGCCGUCUUCGUCAACCGUGAGAGCACGCGCCAGGUGGUCGCGUGUCUCUGCAAUUUUCUCAACAACCGCCUCGACAUCCUCGAUGCCAUCGCGCAGACCGGCACGAACCCACCAAGCUUGGCGCAGCACAGCAUGUUCUACGCCGUCACGCAAGCGGUGUUUCUCAUUUUCUGUUUCCGGUGGAGGGACCUUGUGCAAGACCAGGACGAGCUGGACGAGCUGGCGGGCGCCGCCGGAGGUGCGCAUGGUAAAUGGAUGCUGGAGCUCGAAGUACUCAAGCGGGUGGUACAAUCCGAUCUCAAUCCCCUGAGGAUCUGCGCCCCGACCGUCGUGAUGCAAUUCGCACGAGUCGCACACGCGACCGACUUCCUCUACUGCUACUCCAUCAUCGAGGCUAACCGGCGCUCAGAGUACGCGUCCCCGAACACGCAGGCCGUGCGGCGCUUCGUGAACCCGACCGUGCUUGGCGAGUCCGUGCAGACAGAGCUCAAUACGUUCUUCCCGUUCGACCCGUACAAGCUGCCCCGCUCGGGCACGUACAUCGAGGGCGUGUACCGCGAGUGGUCGUCUGUCGCGAUCGGCGACGAGGACGACGAAGACGAGGACGAAGAGGACGAGAGCGGGGGCGAGCCACCGAUGUCCUCGCAUUAUUCCUAUGACGGUCUCUCGAGCCCCAUGGCUUUGCGGCCCAGACGCGAUUCGGAGGCUGAUCAACUCGGUGCAUCGUUCGGCGGGAUGAGCAUCAGUCCUGCACAUCCUCCAUUGUCUGUGAGCCUCAGUUCCGUCAUGUCUGUUUCAUAG